AAGUAUCUAUUGCCUUUUUUUGUCUUUCUCAAUCAUGAAGAAAGAUGGAAUGUUCAUCUCUGUACAACAAAAAAUUUGUAAUUGGAACUUCAGCUUUCUUUCCAAGAACCCCUGAGAAUGUUAACUACCACACUUUUCCAUCAACCUGUACUUUUCCAUUAAAUUCUACAAAACCCUUUGCUACCCUUUCUUCUUCUUUUACAGUGAAGUGUUAUGGUCAGAAUUAUGGGGAUGAAGAACCUCUUUCUGCUUCUCUGGCAUAUGAUGUUCUUGGUGUUGCUCCGAAUUGCUCUACAGAUGAGCUGAAAUCUGCUUUCAGGAAUAAGGUUAAGAAGUUUCAUCCUGAUGUAUGGAGAGAUGGGAAUGGUUCGGAUAAAAUGAUUCGCCGAGUCAUUCAAGCCUAUGAGAAGUUGUCCAACUUCACAAAGUCAGAGAUAAUUGAAAGGGAAUGCUUAGAUCCGUUUGAUCAGCCAGAAGGUGAAGCAUUUGAUCUCUUUGUUAAUGAGACUGUUUGUAUUGGAAAAGGUUGCCCAUUUUCAUGCGUUAAGAAAGCACGUCAUGCAUUCACUUUUUCCUCGUUGACAGGAACUGCACAAGCAACUUCUCAAGGACAUGGUGAAGAUUACCAAGUCCAUCUUGCAGCUGGACAAUGCCCCAGGAGUUGCAUACAUUAUGUUACACCUUCUCAAAGAAUAGUUCUUGAAGAGCUACUUGGCAGCAUCAUGAGCACACCUUAUGAUACAUCAGCAGAAGCAGACUUGCUUUAUUCACUAAUUGUAAAAGCUCGUUUUGAGAACAAUCGCUACCAGAAGCCCAAGAAGCAACCUAAGGCCUCAACCGAACAUGUAGACUGGUUCUAAAUCUUGAAAGUCCUCAUAGAAAACCACCUUGUUUUGUGUAGACUCGGAAUAUGAAUAGAGACUGCCACUUCAAAGGCUAUGCAAUGCUGAAGUUUAUCACAUGAACGAUGGGGGAAAUUUGAUUUGAGUUGACUGUCAACCUUAUGCUAUGUUAUCGAAGUCCUAAAUGGUCUUCACUCAGCAGCAGCAUAAUGAAAUGCUGGGCACAAGUGUUGGGAAAAGCAGCUGCAACUGACUGUCUGAAUAUCUGGUAAUAUGAGAUUGAUGUAAAUAUUUACUUAUCUUAUUUUUUAUGUUGGAUUAUGUUGUUUUACGCCCCACAAAAUGAUAGAUUAAAACUCCAUGUCUGUAUGAAAAUUGAAAUGAUACAGUUGAAGCAAAUUUCAUCUUUAGGAAAAAAA